CCACCUCACUGCCCACGCGCCCCUCCCAGGCACUGCGGGUCAACGGCCUGGAGCAGCUGUGCAACAAUCUCGCCAGCGAGCGCCUGCAGCUCUUCUCUAGCCAGAUGCUUCUGGCCCAGGAGGAGGAGGAGUGUCGGAGGGAGUUGUUGCCCUGGGUGCCCAUCCCCCAGCCUCCACAGGAGUCCUGCUUGGAUCUCCUGGUAGACCAGCCCCACAGCCUCCUGAAUAUCCUGGAUGCCCAGACAUGGCUGUCCCAGGCCACGGACCACACCUUCCUGCAGAAGUGCCACUACUACCACGGCGACCACCCGCAUUACACCAAGCCCCAGCUGCCCCUUCCCAUCUUCACUGUGCGUCAUUACGCUGGGACCGUCACCUACCAGGUUCACAAGUUUUUAAACAGAAACCAGGAUCAUCUUGACCCUGCUGUGGUGGAAAUGCUUGCCCAGAGCCAGCUCCAGCUGGUGGGUAGCCUGUUCCAGGAAGCAGAGCCCGAGUCUGGGGACGGACCAGGCAAACCCACGCUGACCUCUCGCUUCCAGCAUUCCCUGGGGGACCUCCUAGCCCGGCUGGGCAGGAGCCAUGUCUAUUUCAUCCAGUGCCUCAACCCCAACCCGGGAAAGCUUCCGGGCCUCUUUGAUGUGGGUCACGUGGCAGAGCAACUGCGCCAGGCGGGCAUCCUGGAGGCUGUGUGUACCCGCAGCGCCAACUUCCCCGUUCGCGUGCCUUUCCAGGCCUUCCUGGCCAGGUUCCGGGCCCUGGGGACAGAGGGACAGGAAGAGCUCUCUGACCGGGAAAGAUGUGGCGCCAUCCUGAACCAGGUGUUUGGGGCUGAGUCGCCCCUCUGUCACCUGGGAGCCACCCAGGUGCUACUGCGGGAGCUGGGCUGGCAGCAGCUGGAGCGGCACCGGGCCCAGCAGCGCGCCCAGGCCCUGCUCACCCUGCACCGAGGCCUCUGCACCAGCCUCUCCUGUCAACGCCUUCGCCUCCUACCACGGAUUCGCGUGCGUGGGCUCCAGGCCAGGAUUCAGGUAUCGGCUGUGAGUUUGGACUCCUCACCAACCCCCUUCCCGGCCUCCAGGAAGUGGUACCUCCAGCGGCGGGCAGCUCUGGGGCAGCUGAACACCAUCCUGCUGGCGGGCCGGCGCCUGCUCUGGAGACAGCGGAGAGGGCAGCUUGGGCAUCGGUGCAGCUGGCACAGCGUCGGGGCCUCCAAGAAGGGGCCAAGCAUGGAGCUGGGGCACUUGGAGAUCCCGGCUGAGCUGGCUGUCAUGCUGAAGACAGCGGAAGGCUGUCAGCACACCCUGGCCGAGAACAUCACCGAGGCCAUGCCCCCGGAAGUUCCCGCACGGCCCAGCCUGACCCUCCCACCCGACAUCGACCAAUUCCCCUUCUCCAGCUUCAUCUCCAUCGGCUUUCAGGAGCCAUCCCUGCCCAGACCUGGGCAGCUGCUGACCAAACCCCUGACCCGGCUGGACAGUGAGAACCCUCAGCAUGCCCUGGAUAUCAACAAGGUGAUGCUGCGGUUCCUGGGGGACGCGUCCCUGGAGCCCUGGCAGGAGCGGACCAUGGGCCAGUACCUGGUGCGGCAGGGGCAGCGCCGGCCAGGGCUGCGCAACGAGCUCUUCAGUCAGCUCGCAGCCCAGCUCUGGCACCAGCCGGACGAGCAGCAGAGGCAGCGCGGCUGGGCCCUCCUGGCUGUUCUGCUCGGUGCCUUCCCCCCGGUGUCCACCCUGCAGAAGCCGCUGCUCAAAUUCGUGUCCGACCAGGCCCCCGGGGGCAUGGCAGCACUGUGCCAGCACAGGCUGCUGGGAGCCCUGCAGCAGACGCAGCGGGCCCCUGGGUCCGAGCGGGCCCACCCACCCACCCAGCUCGAGUGGACGGCCGGAUGGAGGCAGGGCCGCAUGGCGCUGGAUGUCUUCACCUUCACCGAGGAGUGCUUCUCGGCCGAGGUGGAGUCCUGGACCACAGGGGAGCAACUCGCCGGGCGGAUUCUGCAGAGCAGAGGCCUGGAUCCGCCCCCGCGUGGCUGGUCUGUGUCACUGCACUCUAAGGACUCCUGGCAGGACUUGGCUGGCUGCGACUUCGUGUUGGACCUGAUCGGCCGGACCGAGGAUCUGGGGGACCCGGCCGGUCCCCACAGCUACCCAAUCGCCCCCCGUGGCUUAGCCGAGGACAUCCCCCCGGCCCCUGGCAUCCAGGCCCUCUCACUGCCCCCAGGUCCCCCUCCAGGCCCAGCCCCAACUCUGCCCAGCAGGGGUCGCACAGGUGACUCCCGGACCUCAGGGAGUCUGGAUGGCUUCCUGGACCACCUCUUGUCCCCGUGCCUCAGCGAUCUGGAGCAAGGCAGGGCUCUGAGUGGCCGCAUGAAGGGAGGGGGCGCCAUGGGGCCCAUGCAGCAAGGCAGCUAUCCCGUGGUGUACUCAGGGAUGAUGCAGAUGCCCGGAUACCAGCCAGCCAUGAUGCCUGCACCCGUGCCCAUGAUGCCAGCAAUGGGGGCGGUCCCUGCCAUGCCAGCCGUUGUGGUGCCACCACAGCCGCAGCCACAGCCACAGCCACAGCCCCUGCUUCCCAGCAUGGACGCGAGGCAGCUGGCAGUCCAGCAGCAGAACUUCAUCAACCAGCAGGCGCUGAUCCUGGCCCAGCAGAUGACCACCCAGGCCAUGACCUUGUCCCUUGAGCAGCAGGCAAAGCAGCGCCAGAGCCAGCCCCUGGAGCAUCAUGCCCAGGCCCAGGCCCCUGGAGCUGCCUCCCUGACUCUACCCCCAGCCAUCACCCCCAAGCCCAAGAAGACACCCACCCCCCAGAAGGAGCCAGAGCGUGACCUGGAACUGGAGACCUCACAGAAGGCUGAAGACAGGCCCCGGCGGCCCAAGAGCUUCCAGCAGAAACGGGACUAUUUCCAGAAGUUGGGGCAGCAGCAGAUCAAGGUGGAGACGAUGAGGCCUCCGGCCAAGGUGAAGAUCCCCCAGGGGGAGGAGCAGGAGGAGGAGCCGGAAGAAGAGGAACCGAGAGCAGUGCCGUCACCUCCUCCUCCCCCAGUAGUGAAAAAGCCACUGACACGAGAUGGGGCCAAAGCUGCACAGGAGGCUGAGGCUGAGCCAGCCACAGAGGCAGGGCCUGGCGGUGGUCGCCGGCCGGCAGAGGGCAGAGCCAUGGUGCGUAGCUCGGACCCUGAGCCCCGGCAGGCGGAGCCCAGCAGGGAGAUCCGCGACAUCAUCCGCAUAUGCCAGAGCCGCCCAGGCCCCGUGCCCGUGCCCGCGCAGCCGCCCAGGAAGCCCCCCCAGAUCUUCCUGAAGAAAAACAACCCUAAGGAUGAGGCUCUGGCUAAGCUGGGGAUCAGUGGUGCCUCCUCGCUGCCCUCGGUGAGGCCCCGUCCUGACCAGAGCGCGCUGCUCCGUGCCAGAGCCCUCCUGAGGCUCCCCGGGGGAGACCUGGCCGCUAGUCACAGCCUGGGUGUAUUCUCCGUGCCUCCCCAGACGCAGACGCUGUCCCCCAGCCCAGGGAAGGGCCCCCCACCAGCUGUGGCCCCUCGACCCGAGGGCCAGCCACGGCGUGUGCCCUCCAACUCCAUCAAGGAGAAGCAGGGGCCCCUUCAAGAGCUGUUUGGCCAGAACCCACCCACUGCCCAGAGACCCCCCCCUCCGCCAGCACCUCCACUGCCUCCACCCUUGGACCCAGCGACCCCUCCAGCUGAGCCGCACAGCUUUGUGGAGCCCAUGGGGGACCAGGGGAUCUCCACCCAGCUGCUCGUGCCCUCGGGCAGCGUGUGCUUCUCCUACGCCAGCGCCCCCUGGAGGUUGUUCCUGCGCAAGGAGGUGUUCUACCCCCGGGAGAACUUCAGCCACCCCUACUGCCUCAGGCUCCUCUGUGAGCAGAUCCUGAGGGACACCUUUGCGGAGUCCUGCAUCCGGAUCUCCCAGGACGAGAGGCACAGGAUGAAAGACCUGCUGCGAGACCUGGAGGUGGGCCUGGACUCCCUGGACACAGCUGAGGACAGUGUCAAGAAGCGCAUCGUGGUGGCCGCCAGGGACAACUGGGCCAAUUACUUCUCCCGCAUCUUCCCCGUCUCGGGCGAGGGUGGCAGCGACGUGCAGCUGCUGGCCGUGUCCCACCGGGGGCUGAGACUGCUCAAGGUGACCCAAGGCCCCAGCUUCCACCCCGACCAGCUGAAGACUCUCCGCUCGUACAGCUUUGCUGAGGUACUGGGUGUGGAGUGCCGGGCUGGCUCCGCCCUGGAGCUGUCACUGAAGAGGGAACAGCUGCUGCUACACACAGUGCGGGCGGGAGCCAUCAAGGCCAUGGUUGAGCUGCUCCUGAGCGAGCUCAGGAAGGACUCUGGCUACGUCAUUGCCCUGCGAAGCUACCUCACUGACGACCACAGCCUCCUCAGCUUCCAACGGGGGGACCUCAUCAAGCUGUUGCCGGUGGCCACUCUGGAGCCAGGCUGGCAGUUUGGCUCCACCGGGGGCCGAUCCGGACUCUUUCCUGCUGACAUAGUGCAGCCGGCUGCUGCUCCGGACUUUUCCUUCUCGAUGGAGCAGAGGAAUGGCUGGCACAAGAGUCAGCUGCAGCACAGAGAGUGGGAUAAAGCGUCGGAGGCACACAGUGACAACUUGGCCACCAGCCCGUCCCCGUCUGUGGCCUGCGUCACCCUGCCCACAGACUCCGACUACACCAUGCAGGAAUUUGCCCUGCGCUACUUCCGGAAGCCCCAGACUCUGCUGGGCCAGACAGGUGAAGAUGCCGAGAGGAAGGCCAUGGCCAGCCUGGUGCAGUACAGCAAGGCUCCCAUCCAGGCAUCACUCAUCAGUGUCAGUGACGAGGACGUGAACAGGCGGGCUGUGGGAAGCUUCCAGGCUCUGAUGCAGUUUAUGGGGGACCAGUCCAAGCCCCGGGGCAAGAACGACCUGGAUCUCCUCUACGGGCUGCUGAAGCUGUGCCAGGAGGAGAACCUCAGGGAUGAGAUUUACUGCCAGGCCAUGAAGCAGAUCACAGGACACCCCCGGCCGAGACUCUGCGCUCGAGGGUGGACCUUCCUCAGCCUCCUCACAGGCUACUUUCCCCCAUCAACCUUGCUGAUGCCCUACGUGACCAAGUUUCUGCAGCACUCGGCCCUGAGCCAAGAGCUGGCCCGGCGCUGCCAGGGGCACCUCCAGCACACAGUCAAGUACGGGGGUCGCCGGCAGCUGCCCUCCCCAGGCGAAAUGCAGGCUUUCCUGAAAGGACAAGUAGUCCACCUGCUCCUAAUUCACCUGCCCGGGGGUGUGGAGUACAAGACCAACACCCACACUUUCACGGUGGCAGCAGAAGUGCUGGAGGAGAUGUGUGGGCAGAUGGGCAUCACGGACCCCCAUGAAGUGCAGGAAUUUGCCCUCUUCCUCAUCAAAGGGGAAGGCCAGCUGGUGCGGCCCCUGUGGCCCCGGGAGUACCUCAACAGCGAGGUGGUGGGUCUGGACGUGAGCCUGCACAGCCGGCGGCUCGGCUGGGAGACCCCGCUGCACUUCGAUAAUCCCACCUACGUCAGCACCCACUACCGCCAGGUGCUGCAGGACUACCUGCAGGGGAAGCUGCUGGUCAGCGCCCAGGAAGAUGCCCGACUUGCCAGGCUGGCUGCCUUGCAGCACCUCAGCAGGAACCACGAGGAGCCCCCCUCCGAGCAAGACCUACUGGCUUACUUGCCGAAGCAGCUGCAAUGUCAGAUGAACGUGGCCGCUGUGAAGAGGCUGAUGGGCCAGGAGCUGUGGCAGUUGCGAGGAUGCAGCUCUCAGGAAGCGCAGAUCAGCUUCAUAGAGGCCGCGAGUGAGCUGCCCCUCUUUGGCCACACUGUCUACAUGGUGCCGAGAGCGAGCAAGCCGGCCCUGCCCAGCCCUGGCCUGCUGGGGCUGAACCGCCAGCACCUCAUCCUCGUGGACCCCAGCUCUCAGGAACUGUGCUACUCCAUCGCCCUGAGGGACCUGCAGCGGCUCCGCGUGCUGAGCCCACUGGGGCCUGAGGACUCCCUUGGCCUGGAACUCAACUAUGGCUCGGCUGACAACCCCCAGACCAUCUGGUUUGAGCUGCCGCAGGCCCAGGAGCUGAAGCACACCAUCACCUUCCUGCUGGACCGCAACUCUCCUUCCACUUAGUGGCCGGCCUUCACCCAAGAGGAGUGGCGGAGGGGCAGAGACGAGGACAGGAAGCCUCUCUGGCCAAGUAUCACCCGGACAGUCUCCUUUGGGUGCUGUCAGGCCAGUCUGGCCUGGACUUCACCGCUUGGUUCUGGAACCUGCUGCCGCACAGCCCAGCUGGCCCACGGGGAGGGGCUGCUAUAGCGACUUCAACUGGGAGUCAUGAGACUCCCUCCGGGGUGGGCCUGGGCCUGAGCCUGGGGUGGGCGCUGCAGGAACUCGGCUUGGGCGUCCGAUGUUGCCCAGUCCGGGGGAGAUGCCCACCUGGGCCCUGGCCCGACACGAGCAUGAGCCCAGCCCUGGGAGCAGCAGUUGCUGAGGAAAUAAAACUCCUGAGAGAA